UUCUCACACCGUAGUUCAUUGUGUCAACGUGAAAAACGUGAUAUUCACUAACAAUAAGCUAGCUGAGUGAAUUUGUUCGAUUCCUGCGUAAAUAAAAAGAGUCAAGUGAAUUUCAUAACAUUCGGAAAAUGUCAGCACAUACAUGUUUAAAUUGUAAUGUGCGUUUCCAGAAUGCCGAUAUUCAACGGGAUCAUUACAAAACCGAUUGGCAUCGAUAUAAUUUGAAGCGUCGAGUUGGUGAUUUGCCACCAGUUACAGCUGAGGAAUUCCAGAAGCGUGUUUUGCAACAGCGUGCAUCCGAUGAACAGGCACAACAAGAGAUUACACUGUACUGUACCGUGUGCCGUAAGCAAUUCAUUUCAGACAAAUCGCAUGAAAACCAUUUGAACAGCAAAAAACACAAGGAAAAUGUGCUGAUUGCUGAGAAAAAGGGACAGAAUUUGGGCGCACAAGCCGAUGUUCCAAUGAAACAGACUCAAACUCAGACUCAAGCGAAAGAGGAAAGUGAAAAUGAAGACGGUAUGGAGGUUGAAGAAGUUGAUUCCGACGAAUGGGACGAAAAUUUCGAUAACCCAAUCGCAAACAAUGACUGCAUAUUCUGCCCACACCACAGUGAAGAUAUGGUAGAGAACGUGAAGCACAUGUCAUCAGUGCACUCGUUCUUUAUUCCAGACACAGAAUUCAUCGUCGAUUUGGACGGGUUACUGAUGUAUUUGGGUGAAAAAGUUGCAAGAGAUUUCAUAUGUUUGUGGUGUAAUGAUCGCGGCAAAACGUUCUACUCAUUGGAUUCUGUUCGCAAACACAUGAGAGACAAGGGACACUGUCGAAUGUUGCACGAAGGUAUUGCACUCGCCGAGUACGCUGAUUUCUAUGACUAUAGCUCCAGCUAUCCAGAUAAUGAAGACGGAAUGGAUGUUGAUGCAGAAAUAACGCCUGAAGUGUUGGAAGGAGAUGAAUAUCAAUUGGUACUGCCAUCCGGAGCUGUAAUUGGUCACCGUUCACUACUGCGUUACUACAAACAGCGCCUGAAUCCAAAUCGUGCCUUGGUUCCAAAGACAAACAAGAAACUGCACAAAGUUCUAUCGGAAUAUCGUGCACUUGGCUGGACCACAACACAUCAGGCUGCCGCUGCAAAAAAGGCUCGUGAUAUCCACCAUAUGAAACGGCAAUAUCAAAAAUGGAACCAAAAAUUGGGUGUGAAAGCUAAUAAAUUACAAAGAUAUUUCCGCCCACAAGUCGAUAAAUGUUAAAUUCAAAACCAUUAUUUUCUACCCGAACUUUCUAAUUCAAAUAAUAAAUUAAUUAUUAUUACAAACCAGAAA